CGACCCACAACUUUCAGGGUGUGGAAUAUCCCCUAUUGUCGCACUGUAUUCAGCUUUUGUUCACCUCUCAAAGUAAAACAUUUUUUUUUUUUUGCUGAAAUCAGAGCAGGAAUAUUAGGUUCAGUAUUGCACUAACCGGUUAGACGGCUCUCCAUGAAGGGGAAGUGAAGGACUGCGUUACCUUCAACUUUUAAAACUCCUUUACCUCUCUGUUGUUGUUGUGAAACGCAGCGUUUUUAUUGUCACUUUGUUUUCUUUCAGUCUCAACCCUGAGCAUGAAUAUGUUCAGGAGAGAUAAAGGCACAGCAGCUCCAGUGGUUCCACCUCGACCCAGCCAGGAGGAUCUAGAUAAUCCUGUGGAGCACAGCCUGAACACACAGGAUGAAGGAGCGGGUGCCAACAGUGAUGUCACAAGUGAGCUUAACCAAAAGACCAAGAGGACAGGAAUGAUGGGAGUUAUGCAGAAGGUCAACCCGUUCAAGUCUACCUCCCAGCCCCCUUCUACAGUCAGCAAAGCUCCUUCCUCAGAGUCACUGGAGCAGGGAACAGACUCCACACAGAACCCUGGUGGGCUGAGAGGGGUCAUGCACAAGGUCAACCCGUUCAAGUCUACCUCCCAGGCGUCCUCCACAGUCAGCAAAGCUCCUUCCUCAGAGUCACUGGAGCAGGGAACCGACGCCACACAGACCCCCGGUGUGCUGAGAGGGGUCAUCAACAAGGUCAACCCGUUCAAGUCUACCUCCCAGGUCUCUAAAGCUGCGUCUUCAGAGUCUCUGGAGCAAGGAACGGUGUCAGACUCUAAUCAGAAGAGGAAAGGGGUGAUGCAGAAAGUCAACCCGUUCAAAUCUUCCACACAGGGGCCACGGAGCGAUCCUCCAGAUGAUUCUGCAGAUCCUCCAGAGACGGGAAAUGAGCUUCAAGACAAACAGAAUCCAGGGAAUAUUGCAGGAAUGAUGCAGAAAGUCAACCCGUUCAAAUCCUCACAGCCAAAGGAUAACCAGCCUCUUCACGAUGACCUCUCCUCCAGCAGCGGCAGCUUGGACAAUAACAGCGUCUCAGAGAAGCAGAACCCUGGGAUGUUUAAAGGCAUGAUGCAGAAAGUGAACCCGUUUAAGUCUCACACUCAGACGCCAGGUGAAGAAUGUCAGGCAGACUCUUCUUCCUCGUUGAUGACGCAGGUGCGGUUUACGGAAAACCCAGCUAUUCACAGUGACCACUCCUCCAGCUCUGACAGCAUCGAUGACGGCACCAUAGAGAGACACUCGAUCUGGUACACUGACACCGACCCCGUCCUCGAGGUGAAGGGCCCGCCUGCCGAGGCCCCGAGGAAGAGCACUAUGACUUUCAGAAUAAAGAGGAUUUUGCCCACUGCGUUGUUUGGGUCUCGAACAAAGGACUCAUCAGCUGACACGCAGGCACCGCCCGAGGAAGCAGUUGAAGUUCAGACCCUAGAGUUGGCCGAUGUACCCGCGCUCAUUGAAGGAACGACCUUUGACCCUCUGGAUGAUGAGGAAGGCCUUUUAGCGUGGUGGAAUAUGGUCGAAGGCUGGUCUGAGUGGAGUGAGGGCAACCAGGACGAAGAACCUCAAGAUGUGGUGGAACAAGCGGCCGACCGUGUCUUCAUGGCGGCUCGCCUUUUUGUCCGCUUCUUCAACCAGCGUGGCGCCACCCUCCAGCAGCGCAUCCUGGAGCUGCUGUCUCUGGCCGACUCGGCUGACGUCUUCCACAAGAAAACGGUCCAGGCCAGUGUGGGCGGGGGCGUGGCCAGCGUGGCAGGAUCCAUCACGACCAUCACGGGGCUCAUCCUGGCGCCCUUCACCGCCGGGGCGUCGCUCAUCGUCGUGGCGGUCGGCAUCGGUGUCGCUACGGCAGGCGGGGUGGCGUCUGCUUCAGCCAACAUCACGGACACGGUGCAUUCAAAGACCGACCGCAAGAAGGUGGAGAAGAUUAUCCAAGACUACGAAGAGGAGAUCAAGGACAUCAAGGAGUGCCUGGAGUUUCUGCAGGAAGGGAUGGAAGCGCUGGAGGAGUGGAACUUUGAGGCGUAUGCUGAGAGCAUCUCCAAGAAGCACCUCAACCAGAACGUCAAACACGUGAUGAAGGAGGGGGGGCGCGCCGGCAAGGCUUUAGUGGUCAACACGGAGAGCCUGAUCAAUACCGUGCAGGUCCUCACGGCGGCUGGAAGCGCUGCUAAAGCCGUGCAGGUGAUGAGCAUUACCACGGGGGUCAUGUCCGGACUCUUCCUGGCUCUCGAUGUCUUCUUCCUGGCGAAGGACACCAUGGAGCUCAAAAAGGGAGCUAAGACUGAGUUUGCUGCUAAGAUUCGAGAAGUUUGUAAGGACCUGCAGGACGGGCUGCUGGAGCUGAACCGCAUCAAGGAGCAGCUGCAGAAAACCAUCGACGGGAUCGAGGUGGAGGUCGAGGUCGAGGAAGAGGAGGACGAAGAGCUGCUGAAGUCUGAGCUGAAGAAACUUGUGGAGUUUGAUGAAUGAAGAAUGAAGGAUAGUGUUUAGAAAACCAAAGUCUAAAUCCCAACACCAAAAACAAUCACUCCUCCCAGGAGCUUAAUUGAAGUAAUAUUUAUUAGAUAUAUUAGCUGUCAUUUUAAUUUGUAUGUACUUUGUGUAAGUGUCAUGUUGAAGUAAUGUCACCUUUGCAAUUAAAGUGGUUUCCUGCUCAAA